UAUCAGUGGCAGUCUCCCCCUGUCGUCAUAACAGCAUAGUACGGCUCUGACACUACCUCCACUCAAUACCGAGAGAGAGGGGCACAAUAAACAGAAGACAUCUGUGUCUGACAUCGAGGCAGCGAAGACCGUAAUUUAAACCGCGCGUCUUCGCUCCCCAACUAGAAACCCUCCUCACCCCAUGAACGGUGCCGGUGACACGGGGUUUAACGUCCUCUAAAGACGGUGACAGGGCGAGGAGGGAACGUUGCCUUCCGGGGGAUUCAGCGAAGCAGCAGCUGAAUCAGGGUUGAUUUGGUUUUGACCACUGGAGGACCCACCACUAACUAGCUGGAUCUGAGGGACUCCAGACAGAACAGAGACCACACACCUCCGACUACCUAACAUCAGAACCAAGAAGUCCACAAUCAGCAAACAACAGCAACAGCGCCAUGCAUACCUCCAUCGUCUUCCUCCUCCCCUUCUUCCUCCUCUCUCUCCUCGCCUCCUCUUCUUCUUCCCAGAGUGACUCUCCGGAACUCGUCGUCGCCACGCGGGCAGGACGUGUCCGCGGCGUCCGCCUACCGACGCCGGACCGGAGUCACGUGACCGCUUUCCUCGGAAUCCCAUUCGCGGAGCCCCCACUGGGCAAGAAGCGCUUCCGAAAGGCGGAGCCCAAGAAGCCAUGGUCGGACUUGUUCGAAGCUAGCUCCUAUCCCAACGCCUGCUACCAGUUCGUUGACACCUCUUUCCCCGGGUUCCAGGGAAGCGAGAUGUGGAACCCCAACAGGGAGAUGAGCGAGGACUGCCUCUACCUCAAUAUCUGGGUCCCCACCUCCGCCAGACCUCACAACCUCACCGUGAUGGUAUGGAUCUACGGAGGAGGGUUCUACAGCGGAUCAUCAUCCCUGGAUGUGUACGACGGGCGCUACCUGGCUCACUCGGAGAAGGUGGUGGUGGUUUCCAUGAACUACCGCAUCGGGGCCUUUGGGUUCCUGGCUCUCCACGGCUCCUCAGAGGCCCCUGGGAACGUGGGGCUCUUAGACCAACGCAUGGCCCUCCAGUGGGUCCAGGAUAACAUACACUUCUUCGGGGGCAACCCCAAACAGGUGACCAUCUUUGGGGAGAGUGCCGGAGCAGUCUCUGUUGGGAUGCACCUCCUGUCUCCCGACAGUCGACCCACCUUCACCCGAGCCAUCCUCCAGAGUGGAGCCCCCAACUGCCCCUGGGCCACUGUUACGCCAGCUGAAGCCCACCGGAGGGCCGUCAUGUUGGGGAAGCUCGUCGGGUGCCCCUCGGGGGGUAACGAUACGGAGCUGGUGGACUGUCUUCGCAACAAGCCCCCGCAGGAGCUCAUUGACCAGGAGUGGCAGGUCAUGCCGUGGUCUGCCAUCUUCCGUUUCUCCUUUGUGCCCGUCAUCGACGGCGUGGUGCUUCCAGACAACCCCGAGGCCAUGCUCAGCUCAGGCAACUUCAAGGACACCCAAAUCCUGCUGGGGGUCAACCAGGAUGAGGGGUCCUUCUUCCUCCUCUAUGGAGCCCCUGGCUUCAGCAAGGACAAUGAGUCACUGAUCUCGCGCGAGGACUUCCUGGAAAGCGUGAAACUGAGCGUUCCGCAUGCCAAUGAGAUCGGCCAGGAGGCUGUGGUUCUGCAGUAUACUGACUGGUUCGAUGAGAACAACGGGGUAAAGAACCGUGAUGCCCUGGACGAUGUGGUCGGAGACCAUAAUGUCAUCUGCCCCCUGCAGCACUUCGCCAGGAGCUAUGCCCAGUUUCACUCUAACCAGGGUGCCAACAAUGGGCAACCAGCGGGCAACGCAGGGGCCACGGCGAAGGAUGGGAACUCACAAGGUGGAGUGUACCUGUACCUGUUUGACCACCGUGCGUCUAACCUGGCGUGGCCUGAGUGGAUGGGCGUCAUCCAUGGUUACGAGAUAGAGUUUGUGUUCGGCAUGCCGCUUGAGAAGAGACUGAACUACACAGCCGAGGAGGAGAAACUGAGCCGACGCAUGAUGAGAUACUGGGCCAACUUUGCACGCACCGGUAACCCCAAUAUCAACUUUGAUGGCAGUGUGGAUAGCAGGCGGAAGUGGCCCCAGUUCACCAACAGUGAACAAAAACACGUGGGUCUGAACACGGAAUCCAUGAAGAUCCACAAGGGCCUGCGGAAUCAGCUGUGUGCAUUCUGGAACCGCUUCCUGCCACGCCUCCUCAACAUCACCGAUAACAUAGAUGAGGCGGAGCGUCAGUGGAAGGUGGAGUUCCAUCGCUGGUCCUCCUACAUGAUGCACUGGAAGAGCCAGUUCGACCAUUACAGCAAGCAGGAGCGCUGCACUGACCUCUGAGGAGAGAGAGAAAGAGAUGAUGAAGACCUUGUCCUUCCAUAGUUUCCUACAUUUCUUCAUGUGAUAUGAUUUGUUAAGGCUUUGCAGUUUAACUCGACGAAGGCCAAACAGUGGAUUCCUUUCCCCCACAAAAUCACAUUUAAUGUGUCACAAUUCAUACUUUCUGUGUGUUUUUUGUUUUUCCAUUGCAGAUGUUUGGCUGUCUAAAACACGUCCAUAAGCUGACAAUUUAUCAGCAUCAAAUGUAUUAUGGAAGGAGGUGGUCAUUGAUGAAGGCUGUGAAACGGUGAACAUUUCAAAGGUGUGUCAUUACAGUACCUCUGAAGACUGUGUGUAUGUGUGUGUGCGUGUAUGCAUGCAUCCGUGGGCAUGUGUGUGUGUGUGUGUGCGCGGAAGUGUGGUACGACUGAACCUCUGUGUUCCACAUCACUCUUAUUUUUUUUUUUUACUUCACUUUAUUAUUUUCCAGUUGAUACAAAUCUCGCUAUCUGCUUAUUUUGAAUGAUCUUUAUUUAAAACAGCUAUUAUGACCACUGUUCCACUGUCUAACCAUGUAUCCGUUCACUUGGCGUUCGUCUAUCUCUUAUAUCUGUCCCCCCCCCCCGUUCUUCUAUCCUUCUUUCUUUCUCUCUGACUGUAUUAGUUAGGUGAUCUGUUGUUGUAUCUGUGUCGUGUCUUCUCCCGUGUCUCAAAUGACACCCUAUUCCCUAUAUGGUGCACUACUAAGCUCUGGUUGAAAGUAGUGCACUCCAUGUGGAAAAGAGGUGGGAUUCAGAAAUACAAUCUGUGUCUGUGUAGCGUCUUCUUUUGCAUCUCAAAUGUACACCCUAUUCCCUACAUAAUGCACGACUAAACUCUGGUCGAAGUAGUACAUGGAAUAGGGUGGGAUUUGGGAUGUAGUCUGCGUGGGUCCAAACCUAAAACCUCUGAUCAAUUAUUAUAGGAAUCUGGAGCCAUGUAAAUCGCUGUGUGCUGGGUUAGAAAAUAACUACACUGAAAAAAACACAGUUAAGACUGUGUGUGUGUGUGUGUGUGUGUGUGUGUGUGUGUGUGUGUGUGUGUGUGUGUGUGUGUGUGUUACACUACAUGGAUAUAAACAGACAAGUGCAUACAAAGUUCAUACACACACACUAUCACUCUCUCACACACCAAAACACACACACACACACACACACACACACCGGAAAAGCGUGCACGGAGGACCAGUACUCACAAGUUCAGCGAUCAACAAGAUAGACAUGUAGUCAUGUUAUAUGUCACACGUCUAUCUUGUUCAUCGCUGAACUUCAUCGCUGAACUCCGUGCACGUUUCUCAAUCCACUCUGUGUGUUUCGGUGUGUGUGUGUGUGUUUUGGUGUGUGCGAGAGCGAUAGUGUUUGUAUGCACUUGUCGGUAUAUAUCCACAUACCUCUGUCAAUCACCUAUAUGUAGCCAAGCACUUGUGAAUGUCAGUCACACCCACUGUUGUUUGUUCUAGCGUCAGAAUGCAGUAAAGUAUUAUAUUUUGUGGGCGUGAGGGUGUGUGUGUGUGCAUACUACUAAUAUUGUCUCCGUGCCAACGGGUCGAUGUGUCUCGCUCCCCUCCAUCUCUCUCUUUUGUCCUAUCCAUCUCUCUCCCGUCUCAACCCCCCCCCCCCCCACUCUCUCUCCACCUUCCCCUCAUCUCUCUCUCCUCCAUCUCUCUCUCCUCCAUCUCUCCAUGUCCCCAGAGGACGAACGGUUCUCGUUAGUCUAAUGGAGACUGAAGUAAUUCACUCAGUGUGUGUCUGUCUGUCGGUGUGUGUGUGUGUGUGUGUGUGUGUGUGUGUGUGUUAAAUUCAGUGCUCCAGUGAAACGACAGGAUGCUGCGUCAGCCAUUCGCUGGCUAUGAGACAGACAGGCCCUGGCUGGGCUGUACUGCACUGCUGCAGUGGCUGGGGCUGAUGGAGAGAGAGGGAGGAGGGUGAGAGAGGGGCGAGAGAUGGAGAGCAUGGGUAGGAGAGAUGAGAGAUGGAGCAAGGGUGAGUGGGAAAUGGAGAGAGAGAGGGUAAAGAUAAAAAGAGAGGGGAAGAUGGAAGGAAAAAGAAAACAGGGUUACGUACUCCACUCUUGUCUAUACUAAGGUUAUUUAUCAUUAAUGUGACAUAUACGUACUAUAUGUGUGGGUUUUUGUUACUCUUUUUCAGUAUUUUAUUUUGCAGUUGCAUUCUUCAGGUUUAAACCAACUACAGAUGUCAGAGUGUAAGAGACUGUCUGUGUGGAGUGUUUAACGAUCACUUCCGUAUCUGUUGAGAUUGUUCUGAGUUUGGCUGCUCUCGCCGGGACUUUGACAUGAGAAAUCCGUCCGUCUGUCUGUCUUUGUGUGUUCUCCGUAUGUGUGUCUAAUUGUCUGUCACUGUGAGUCUACCUUUUGUUUGUUUGUUUGUCCAUCUGUGUCCACCUCUGUCUCUCUGCUUGUGUUUGUCUACUUGUCUGUGUGUCCAUCCGCCCGUCUCUAUACAGUUUUUGCAUGAUGUCAUACUUUUGUGAUGUCAUAUGUGGAAUGUCAUAUUUAUUUGAACUUGCGUUUGUUGACAUUGUGGAAGGGAUCAGGAUCAGCCUUGUGAUUGGUCAGUGGGUCUUUCAUCGAAUCAUUAUGAGUGGUGUAUUCACCGGCAUGUACAACUCCUAUUUAACGACUGGAGUAGAGUAGUCUAGCUUUAAAAAAAUAUAUAUAUAAAAUGAAAAAGUCAAAGACUAUCUGUAAUUAUUUAGAUACUGGUCCCAAAUGGCACCCUAUUCCCUACAUAGUGCGUUAUUUUUGAUCAGGGCCCAAAGGGCUCUGGUCAAAAGUUGUGCACUACAUAGGGAAUGGGUUGCCAUUUGGGACGCAUCCACUUUGUUUGACUGAACAGAAUGCAUGUGUGUAUGUAUGGACUGGCUGCGUGAGUGUUCCGAUGAUGACUGAGUGACAGCUGCUCAAGCACCUCUUUUCCAAUAAGAGGGCCUGCUUACCCUUGCUCCCCCAAUGAUAUCCCUUCAUGCAUGUCCAGAGCAACAACCCCCCCCCCCCCCCCCCCCCCUCUCUGUAUCCUACUCCAAAUUUAUGACAGUUAUUUUCCGUAACAAUAUAAUACCCCUGAUGUCCUGAUAUGUAUUUGGAUUAUUAUUACAUUUAUUAUAGCUUUGGAAUUACAGUUGAUGUUAGCAAUAAUAUAACACAUUGAUAACUAAAUAUAUGACAUUUAUUGUAUGAUGAUGAUGAUUAUGACGAUGAUGAUGAAGAUUGACAAAGCAAUAUAAUAUAUAUAAAGAGUGCCAUAUUUUUAUUUGAAUUGUUAUAUUAUUUUUCCUUUUUCCUUUUUCAAUCCAACAGUAUUACUACAGUACUACUACAGUAUACUAGUCUAAACAGUAUAUAGAGUAUAUACAGUAUUAUGGGUAUAUACAGCAUAGUAUCUACUGUAUAUAGUAUAUACAGUUUAUACUAGUAACACUACUGUACUAUUACAGUACUACUACUUCUGCAUCAUUUGUUACAGUCGCUAGUACUUUAAAUAAUACAUUAGAAUGGCUUUUGUAGAAGUAUGUAUUCAUGAAUGCCAGCUUGUUGUUUGUCAAAUUGCAACAAAAUAAAGACACCUUGCUUGCUUACCUCUAA